CUGGGGAAACGCCUCCUUCGCGAAUUUGAAGAAUUUUCUUAUGAAAGGAACAUGUUGUCUGUUCGGAAGACUCCCUAUGGAUCAGAUGCCAUGCCUGAGAUGGUGGUGAAAAUCAUUGGAAGUAAACACUUUCGAUACUUUGUGGAAAAGGAAAAUGAAAAUGUGAGCAACACUCAAACAGCACCACAGAAACCAGUGACUGGUGAUGCCAAGCAGACGAACAGAGAGUCCCCUGGAACCAUGACCUCGGGUGCUCAGCAAGCCAACUGUAACUCUGAUGAUGUGCAAGAGAACAAGGUCCCAGAGAGCAAGCAGAAACUCGUCCUAAUAGGAGAACCCAAGAGCCGAUUCCUGGGCAGCAAAGCAAAUGUCCACUGCAGCUCUGUACCAACUGGAGACCAAUCUCUAUCCUACAUCCAUGGCCUUCCCAGGAGAAACUUCAGAGACUGGUCCUUGGAACAGAUGGUGAGAGGUGGCUCUGACCAACCUGAGGAUAUCUGCCAAAGACCAAGCAGAGCAACAAGAGAGGACAAUUUUCUUCUUUCUUUGGUCAAAAAAGAACUCAAGUCAAACCCUUUGAGUUCCAGCUUAUUAGAUAAGAUUCAGAAAGAUCUGAAGUCUCUGGACCCCAUCUCUUCAGGAUAUCUUCUCCAAUCUCAGAUAAGCCAUCUCUUCUUGAGGCAUGAAGUCCCUCUGAAAUUACCAACAAUCAAGAUUCUUUGCCAGAGAUUUUUGGGAAGAAGUGCUCCUGAAAUGGUAAAUUAUGAAAAGCUACUUUGGUUUUUAAAAGUUGCAGCUUCAAGUGAGCCAGAGCCAAGCAGAACAGUUGUGGACAAUAAGCUGAGGAAAACCCAGAGUCCGACCAACCAGAAUCAAAGCACUUCACUCCAAAACUCAAAUUCACAGUCAAAAGUGAACAAGAGCUUGUUAGAGAUUUUGAAGAUGGCUCUAAGGACAAUCAAUUGCAAGUUCAACAUAGACAACCUCAAUUUGAGUUUUCGAAAAGAAGAUCGAUCAUUCUCAGGAUGCCUCCCUCCUCCGAAGGUCAGAGCUAUUUGUGGGAAGCAUGGGAUAUAUUUGACUUUGAGUCUUCUGGAAACAUUGCUUAACUAUCAAGAUUUGGGUUACCAAAAUGAAAUAAAAUGGCAGAAUUUUGUUGAGCUGUUGAGCAAAGCUUCCUCUGAGAUGUCUUCUGAUUUACCUAGAGGAAAGAAGGGGGAGGAAGUCCCAGCCACCCCAGCGGAACCUGAAGUCCCUGAGCUCCCUGAAAGCAAAGUUGAACAUGUGAAAAACCCAGAUGAGGAGCUUCAGCCAGAAAGUCCCCCUGCGGAGACCUUGAAGAUCAGAGCAGUGUCCCAGCCUUUUGUGGAUCUCAUCAGGAAGAAUGAGUCUGAAGAAUGUGAGACAUGGAUAGAUAGGUUCAGGAAGCUUGAAAACGCACUCUACUUGUGUGAUCUGAGUAACACAGGACUCCUGGAGAAGGAACGAGCCAGACGCCUCAUUCACAACUACAACCUCCUUUACAACCUGUCGCUGAGCCCUCUGAAAAUCGACCAGGCUUUGCGGAGAUUUCGCUUGGGAGAAAAUAUGCUGUUGGAGCCAGCCCUGCGGUACUUAAAAGAGCUAUGA